GUAACGGAAGCUUCGUCACUCACCUUGGAACCGUCACUUGAUCAGAUUUUGGAAAGGUUUUGGCUUAUCGAACACAAUCCACAUCAAACACCACCAAGUCUAACUGCUGAUGAAAUUGAGUGCGAAAAAUUCUUCGCAGAGACGACAAAGAGAUGCCCCAACACCAAUAAGUUCAUCGUUCGUUUGCCUUUUAAGGAAUCACCACAGUCAUUGGGCAGCUCGUAUGAUAUAGCACAAAAACGACUAGUGUCCAUCGAAAUCAAACUUCGUCGCAACAAAUGUCUCGAGCGAGACUACUAUUCCUUCAUGAAAGAAUACAUCGAGCUUCAUCACAUGAUUCGCAUACCUCACCCUGGUAGCUUCGUAAACUACAUACCACACCAUGCAGUCGUGAAGUUGGAUAGCAGCACCACCAAACUUCGCGUCGUGUUCGAUACGUCGUGUCGUACAUCUAACGGCAAAUCACUCAACGACAUUCUUCGAGUUGGACCUACAGUGCAAGAUGAUUUGUUUUCAAUUCUCCUUAGAUUCAGAUGGCAUGUCUUUGUGCUGAUGGCUGACGUCGCAAAGAUGUAUAGACAAAUCAUCGUGGACAAGCAAGAUGCACAAUGGCAAUGCAUUUUGUGGCGCGAUGAGAUAACUGACCGCAUAAUCACAUACCAGUUACAAACAGUGACCUACGGUACGGCAUGUGCGCCGUACUUGGCCACAAAGUGUUUGCAGCAGCUGGCAUGCGAACACAUGUCAUCUCAUCCAAUCGGCGCUUACGCCGUCCAUAACGACUUUUAUGUAGACAACCUGAUGACGGGUGCCUCCACUAUUGAAGAAGUUGUCGAAAUUAAGAAGCAAGUCAUCGAGGUGCUGAACAAUGGGGGAUUUCCAUUGAGGAAGUUCUCAUCAAAUGAUACACNGCUGAACAAUGGGGGAUUUCCAUUGAGGAAGUUCUCAUCAAACGAUACACGCAUAAUCGCAGACGUACCAGAAGCAGAUCGUGAAGACGUCAUACAGCUUGAUGACAUUGACUACAUAAAGGCACUGGGCCUUAUGUGGUCCCCAUCGCAAGAUAGUUUUUUGUUUCGCUACACACCACCACCACCAUCAUCGAAA